UGAGAAACAGCCUCUCUUCCCUUUCCUUCCUAACCCACAAUCUGCUGUUCAAUUCGGCUUCCGUUUUGACAUAACUGCCGGAGGCUUUCCGCCAUCAUCGCUUGCAAGCCGUUAGAUCUGACCGGGGGACUCAACGGAACUCCCUAAGUCCGCUAGGCCACAGCCAUGCAAGCCAUCAAGUGUGUGGUGGUUGGAGAUGGAGCUGUGGGUAAAACCUGCCUCCUGAUCAGCUAUACCACAAAUGCCUUCCCAGGAGAAUACAUCCCUACCGUAUUUGACAACUACUCUGCCAAUGUAAUGGUUGAUAGCAAACCUGUAAACCUGGGGUUGUGGGAUACGGCUGGCCAGGAGGACUAUGACCGCUUGAGACCUCUCUCCUAUCCUCAGACAGACGUCUUCCUCAUCUGCUUCUCUCUAGUCAGCCCUGCAUCUUAUGAGAAUGUCCGUGCUAAGUGGUUCCCUGAAGUACGGCAUCACUGCCCUAGCACUCCCAUGAUCCUUGUGGGCACAAAGCUGGAUCUCCGAGAUGACAAGGACACCAUAGAGAAGCUCAAAGAGAAGAAGUUGGCACCCAUUACGUACCCACAAGGCCUUGCGCUGGCCAAGGAAAUUGAUGCAGUGAAGUACCUCGAGUGCUCAGCACUGACUCAGCGUGGCCUGAAAACAGUGUUUGAUGAGGCAAUUCGGGCAGUUCUCUGUCCACAACCCACAAAGACAAAGAAGAGGGGAUGUAGCAUCCUUUAAGGAUUCCAGACCCGGCUCCCUCACCCAAUGAAUUUGCUCUUUUCUCUGGGCUUUGCUGAUUGGAAAGAGACUGAAGACUGGAUUCCUCUCCUGUAUCUCCUGAAGUGAUGCCAGUGAAGAGUUUUGAGAUUUUUUAGGGGUGGUGGUGGAUGCUUCCACACUAGUUAUUUAGUCUGGAAUUGCCUCCUGGAAUUCCUCACUUGUUAGGAAGCCUCCCCAUUACACCAUAUUUAGUCUGCUGUGUUAUUCUGUUUUUCUGAUUCAUUGGCCUGUGGUUUCCACCCCCACCCCCCCAACCUGAUCUAUGGCUAUUGUUUUAAAAAAGGUUUAGUGCAAUUAUAGCACCAGUCUCUUCAGUGUGGACAGGAAAAGCGCUAUUAAGGGGUUUCAAUGCUUCUGUACUUUCCAGUUCCUCUUUGAAGGUUUAUUCUGUUUUAUUGCUUCCUGUUGAUCUUGGCUAAAGGAUCUUUGGUUAACAGAGUGUACUUUGCACUGUUAAUAGCCUUUCUAAAUUGCUCCAAUGACAGUUUCUCUCCCUGUGGAUGGGAGAGGAGCUUCUAAUUACUGCUUUCAUCUCACUAUACCUUUAUUUACUUAUAUUAAUGGUGAGAUAGCAUCAUAAAAGUGCUAUUUCACCAUUAACCAAAGAAAAGAGGGGGGAAUAAGAGAAAAUAAGUACUUAACAUCUUUCCUCCCCCCUACCACAAUUCCCUGUGGGAAGAGAAACUGACCCUGGGGCAAUUUAGAAAUACCAUUCAGCAUUUUCAACUUAUACCAACAUGAAAUAGUAAAACAGAAGGCUUUUGAAUAGCUUUGGAAAGGACCUUUGCUGAAUGGACCUUUCUUCUGAGUAAUUAAUGGAUGAUCUCGACCCUUGUAUUGCUGGAGAAUACUGCGCUUUGUAAAGUUUCUUGUGUGGUAACUCUGUUCCACUUCUAGCCAAUUGUAUAAAAGCAGUGCUUCAGUUGUGCUAAAGGGCUCUUGUGUGCAAGUGCCCUUGUUCUCUGAAAUUUCCCCAUAUAACCUCUCUGUCCCUGAUCACAGCAUCGCAAACAAGGCUCAAUAAAGGCUCAAUAAAUAUCUCCACCACUCUU